CAACAUAAACGCUCUUCUCUCCUGGAAUCCCCCCAGUCUUGCCUCAAUAUGGUUCUAACUACACCCUUAGUCGUACCCGCUAUCAAGCGACACACGGCCACAGUUAUUGUUGCUCACGGGCUGGGAGAUAGCGGGGCAGGAUGGAUCUUCCUCGCAGAGAACUGGCGACGCCGAAGUAAAUUUGGAGAGGUCAAGUUCGUGUUUCCAAGCGCGCCGAUGAUUCCCAUCACAUGUAACGGGAGAAUGCGAAUGCCUGGAUGGUACGACAUCAUAUCCCUCACCGAUAUUGCUGGGCGCGAAGAAGAUGAGGCCGGCAUAACCCAAAGCCGCGAUUACUUUCACAGUCUUAUCGACGCCGAAAUCGCCAACGGCAUCCCCGCGGACCGCGUCGUCAUUGGAGGCUUCUCACAAGGCGGCGCCAUAUCCCUGCUAUCUGGCGUCACAUACAAGAGCCAGCUCGGCGGAAUAUUUGGCCUGAGCUGCUACCUGCUUCUUCAGAAGAAGCUCAAGGAUAUGACCCCCGCAGAGACCCCAAACGAGAAUACUCCCAUUUUCAUGGGACAUGGUGACUCGGACCAGGUGGUAGCAUAUAAGUACGGGAAGGCGAGUGCUGACGCGCUCACUGAACUGGGCUAUAAGGUGGACUUCCGGACAUACGAAAACCUUAUCCAUUCGGCGGACCCUGAAGAGAUCGACCACCUGGAGGCUUAUUUGAAUCAGCAAAUUCCCCCGCUUGGCGAAAACAAUACAUCCCUCUGACUAUCUUUGCCCUCCUCCCUUCCGACGAGGCCUCCAUCCCCUGAGCUUGUUACAGCUUCAGUAUUGGCUGUCUCAUUGGCUAUUCUUUGCAUUUCAGCGUUCAAGAAACGAAUGACCUGUCACGACAGCUAGAUGAGUUGAAGGCAAACAGAGUGAAUGUCUCAGAAGCAAGCCUCUGAGAAUUUUCUUCUCUAAUUACAUCUCACUCAAAAGUAGCAUGAAUCCUUGGCAUUGGUUCCUCGAUGGCUUCUGAUUACUUCAAUAUAUCUCUAAUGUUCUCCA